AUGACGAAGGCGGAAGACACUCGGCCUCAACUCCCCGAGCCCUUCAUCUCCCUCGGUCACGCGCCUUUCGUGCAGCCAUCCUCGUACCUUCGACCUCCAAUGGCCUCCGAGAGACCAAUCGAUCGGGAAGAGCGUCAAGGCCUGCGUGCCAUUCGCAAUUUCCUGAAGGUCCGCACCAGCUACGACGUCCUGCCCCUGAGCUUCCGCCUGAUCAUCUUUGAUACCUCUCUUUCCGUUAAGGAGAGCUUGAAUAUCCUUAUCCAGAAUGGCAUGUUAUGUCCCCACAACUCCCCUAGCCCCGCGAUACAAAAAAAAGGGAUCCCCAUCGGAUGCAUCGUCUCAGCCCCGUUGUGGGACUCUAAGGCUUCGAAGUUUGCAGGUCUCCUGACCACGUCCGAUUACAUCAAUGUUAUUCAGUAUUACUUCCAGAACCCCGCCGCCCUUGACCAGAUCGACCAAUUCCGACUUGAUAGCUUGCGAGAUGUUGAAAAGGCGCUAGGCGUUGCGCCGCCUGAAACCAUCUCCAUUGACCCCGAACGCCCUCUCUACGAAGCCUGUCGCCGUAUGCUCGAAUCGCGUGCGCGUCGUAUCCCUCUUGUCACCAAUGAUAGUCAGACCGAUCGCUCCCAUGUUCUCAGUGUCAUCACCCAAUACCGUAUCCUAAAGUUUGUCGCCGUCAACGUACCCGAUACACAAAUGCUGCGCCGGCCGCUGGGGGAACUUUUGUUGGGAACGUACAGCAAUAUUGCGACGGCUUCAAUGGAUACCCCGGUUAUUGAUGUCAUUCACAUUCUGGUUGAGCGCAGUAUCUCCAGUGUGCCUAUUUUGAAUUCUGACGGAGUGGUGUACAAUGUGUUUGAGUCGGUGGAUGUUAUUGGAUUAAUCAGAGGGGGCAUCUAUGAUGAUUUAAGUCUUACGGUGGGAGAGGUGUUGAAGAAGCGUUCUCCGGAAUUCCCGGGAAUCUACACUUGUUCCCUGAAGGAUGGGCUUGAUACUAUCUUUGAUACUAUCCGCAAAUCACGAGUCCACCGUUUAGUGGUGGUUGAUGAACACUUCAAACUCAAGGGUGUUCUCACCCUCAGUGACAUCCUCCACUAUAUCCUUCUUGAGGGUGAAAAUGACGAAGUAUGA